GGAGAGAAGGGAGGGAAACCCUAAAACCCUCGCUCCCUCGCUCGUCGUCGUCGUCGCGGCAGCGCCAGUGCAGAAGCCAUUUCUACCUCCACCUCGCGGUUGCAGCGAGUCUGUCUCGAGCGUCCCCGCGCUCUCCUCACCUUCCUUUGCAUCAAUUCUGAAGUGGGUGCAACGAUGAGGCCUCCAUUGACCAGAGGCGGCGGGGGUUUUCGAGGCGGACGAGGAGGAGGCAGGGGCGAUGGGGGAGGUCGCGGAGGUGGCCGUGGAGGUAGAGGCGGGGACAGAGGCGGGCGAGGGAUGCGAGGCGGUGGUAGAGGAGGAGGAGGGGGCCGUGGUGGCGGUCGCGGAGGAGGACGAGGCGGUGGCAUGAAAGGAGGAGCCAAGGUGAUCAUCGAGCCACACAGGCACGAGGGAGUUUUCGUUGCCAAGGCAAAGGAAGACGCGCUUGUGACGAAGAACUUGGUCCCCGGAGAGAGUGUGUAUGGAGAGAAGCGCAUUUCGGUUGACAACGAGGAUGGAACCAAGACAGAGUACCGUGUGUGGAAUCCGUUUCGAUCCAAGCUGGCGGCUGCCAUCUUGGGUGGAGUGGACAAUAUUUGGAUUAAGCCCGGUGCUCAUGUGCUCUACCUUGGAGCUGCGUCGGGAACUACUGUGUCGCAUGUUUCCGAUGUUGUUGGACCGUCGGGUAUCGUCUAUGCUGUCGAAUUCUCUCAUCGGAGUGGGCGAGAUCUAGUGAACAUGGCGAAGAAGCGUACGAAUGUUAUCCCCAUCAUUGAGGAUGCUAGACAUCCGAUGAAGUACCGCAUGUUGGUCGCUAUGGUGGAUGUCAUCUUUGCUGAUGUUGCGCAGCCUGAUCAGGCUCGAAUUGUUGCAAUCAAUGCUCAUAACUUCUUGAAGAACAGUGGCCAUUUUGUUAUUUCUAUCAAGGCCAAUUGUAUCGAUUCGACAGUGCCUGCUGAGGCUGUGUUUGCUGCAGAGGUGAAGAAGUUGCAGAAGGAGCAAUUCAAGCCUGCUGAGCAGGUUACUCUUGAGCCGUUCGAGAGGGACCAUGCUUGUGUGGUUGGUACUUACCGUGCACCGAAGAAAGCCAAGCCAGCUGCUGGCUCAUAGAUUUAGGUUUUCCCAAUGAGGUUUUAGGAAUUCUACUUUUAGACUGCAUGUGGUUUAUGAAAGCUUGAAUGGAGCGCAGCCUUGAAGCUACGAGCAGCUGUCGAUUUUCAGCUGAAGGUAUGCUUUUAGCUACAGUUCACUGUGCCUUGAUCUUCAUAUUCUGUAACCAUUAGUGAGUUUCAUGAACGUGCCUUCCACAUUGGCACUGUUCCUGGAGUUACAAUGUAGUUCCCAACGUCGCGCUUGGCUUGGGCCUGGUGGCAUUAGAUUUCCUCUAGGUCAACAGUCAGAAGGCAGUAUUGAAUAGGCCUCACUUCGACUGAGCAGCUAUUUGACCACUUAUGCAAUCUCCUGCGAUGUGACCACCGUUCAAUGUAACAAAGUCAUGCAUUCUCUCCCCCAU